GAGUCGAGACUCGAGCGUCAGUCGGCUGAGAGCGCGCGGCCGUGAACGACGUGCUGUUUGCGCUUUCAUAUUAACGAACUUUCAUAAAUAUUUUUUCUUUCAUUGAAAAGAAAAUAGGUUUAACAUUCGUACAAGUUUCAAGUGUGGUGCUGUGUGUAGCGUGUUUAUUUUGUUUAUCUGGAAAACAAUAGAAUAAUAGGCACGAUGCUGCAACAGAUCUUACGAGAGAUGUGGGUUGAUCCUGAAAUCCUUGCUGAGCUCGACGAGACACAAAAGCAGACGCUCUUCUGCAAGAUGAGAGAGGAACAGGUGCGUCGAUGGCAGGAGUGGGAUAAAAAGGUCGGAAAACAUGAGAAUGAAACACGAAACCAGCAGAAUGGAAAGAAGCAGGUGCAGUUCCUUAAAGGGGAGGACGGAGAGCCCUGGGUUUGGGUGAUGGGUGAGCAUCCAGACGAUAAGUCCAUCGAGACGAUCCUGUGUGAGGAGACGAGAGCUCGGGCGGUCGCGCAGGCGAGGGUGGAGGCUCACCAACUGAGGAAGUCCGUGGAGAAGGAACUCACACAUCUGAUAGACUACAAGCCUCUCGAUAGCUUGGAGCAGAAAUUUGACAUAUCUCCAAAGAACGUGGAUUCGUUGGAAGAUACUUUGGAUCUAUAUUGUUCAGUGGACGAGUUGAGGCAGAGGAUCGAGGAAUUGGAGCCGGAGGUGAAGGAGAAAAGCGACAGUGAGGCUGACAAAGAUUACUGCGAGGAGCAUGGCAAAAUGAACCUUAAGAAGAACACUUUACAGUUCAAUUUCAUUGAAGGGAAGAAGGAUGUUAUACAAGACUCCGGGCGCGCUGGUGACGGCGUGUCCUUGCGUGUGGCGGCCUGGGAGAGGAGGGUGGCCGCGGCCAGGGCCGGGGACAUCCUGCGGGGGCUCCGGGCCAGGAGGGCCCGCACGCUCAGGGAUGCGCAGGCGCAGGCUCAAGGAGGAGACGCGCUGUGGAGGGAACAGGAGCGUAAGGCUAAGGAGGCGGAGGCUGCUAUGAGGGAGAUCGCUCGAGCGGCCCGAGAGGUUCACCGGCGGACAUCUCACCUAGCGCCCGCGUGCGCCCUGCCCGCGAGCAAACCACCUAACAGAGAAGCCGUUCUGGACUGGUUCAAAACCAAGGAACUGCCGAAAGGGGUCGGCCUGGACGAGAACCACAAACCAGUCGACUGGUUUCAUGGUCUCAUCAGUCGCUGCCAGGCGGAGCAGCAGCUGCAGCGCUCGGCGGCGGGCAGCUUCCUGGUACGCGUGUCGGAGCGGGUGUGGGGUUACGCCAUCUCGUACCGCGGGGAGCGCACCAAGCACUACCUGGUGGACACCGCGGACGGGUACAGUCUGCUGGGGGCGGGCCAGCUCCGACACGAAACGCUGGCCGAUCUUAUAAACUACCACAAGAGAGUGCCCAUCACGGAGAGCGGCGGCGAGUUGCUGACGACGCCGUGCGCGCCCUCUGGCGACAGAGAGUCACACUUAAUGUAACGAGUCUGUUACGAGCUAAGGACACGGCUUGCUGCUUACACACUCGUACAUAUGUUAAGGAUUCGUUCUGUACUAUCAAAAGUUAUUCCAACUUUUUGUCAUAUAUUAGUCAGUUUAGUCGUAAGGCCACGCGUCACGCUCGGCUGUCCGUCUGUUGACCGUUUACUUGUUACUGUCUUAGUUAAGGCGCUUCAACGAUCGCGUGUAAUCUGUAACGUUAGACAUUGGUCAAGAUGGUGUCGGCCUUGAUAUAUGGUGCUAUUUUGAAAUUUAAAUUUUAUAAAAUUAUUAGAUCUCGAUAUAUUUUUUUGUAAUAGAUUAUUGUCCUAUAAAAUUACAGUAUUAUUUAAAUAAAAUUAUCUUUAUGGUGUAAUUCGAAGCCCAAACUCGUUUCUAUGCCGGUCGGUGAGCCGCACGCGGGAACGCCAUCUUUGUCGUAUCUUUUUUAGUCAUUAACUGCCAACUAGAUUUAUUUUCUAUCUUUGACUAGUUUAAAAAUAAAUUUAUCAAAAUA